UUGUGAAGGGGUGGAUUGUGUAGUGUAGUGCAAGUUCAAACUUCUAGCAGAAGGAAACGGACAGGAAGCUGCCACAACCAUCAACACUGUCCUCUUGUAUUGUACUGCUGAGAUAUUCUGCCCAAUAGUAGAGCACGUCCUGAUUGAGUAAGACCUAGUAUGCCCAAAGCUUAUGCAAUGCCAGAUAUACAUGACCAUUGAUCCAACAAGAGCCGCAGCAGUAUUAAUUCAUGUCCUACUAAAAUGGCGUAAUGCAUCUUUCAGAGAUGACAUAUCUUUUCCCAAGCCCAUGAAAUUGUGUGUGACUUGAGGCCUGCAACUAUAGCUGAUAAGACAAUGCUGGAAACCUCUGGGGCCAUCUUUUGCUUCUCAGGGGCCUGUUGUUGAAUGUAUUGGCCCUAGAAAUAAGGUGGUGUUAGGACCCAGCAGCAAGAACAAGGUGGCAGCAGCAGCAGUUUGAUGUUUCAACUUUCCGUCAUUCUAUUUAAAGGCUUUCCUGAGUCAGGAGAGCUGAGCUGCUGUUGAUGACAGUUUGCUUCAGGCAACCCUGGAGACGAUUGAGUAGAGGGGAGACAACACGGCAAGAAGACAAAAUGGACACUGAUUGCAACUCUGAGUAUGAGGAUGGAUCACCUGAUGCCUCUGUGGCAGAAGAGGAGGAAGAGGAGGCCCCGGCAGAGAGGCUCACAAGCAGCAGUUUAAAAAGGCUUAACCAGAAUGAAGAGGUGAAAUCCAAGUUAUCUGAUGCUAUGGAUGCCAAUCAAAGUGAAGAUAGUGGACUGACAUGGGAGACAAGUUCAAGCAGAUGUUCCACAUCCCAGGCUUCAGAAACUAGUGCUACAUCUGGGGUUUCUAGUAUAGAAAACUCAUAUGUGGAUUGUCCUCCAGGGAAAGUUACAUGUCUGAUGGAAGAGGUAAAGACUGCUCAGGAAAGAUCAAGCAACUCACCAGACCAGACACCAUUGUAUCCAAAUAGGAUAAUAGGAUCAGAUGGUAAGAAAAAUGACUUUCCUGAAGGAUCAAUAAAUAUAAACACUCAAGAAAAAGAAUUAGAUCCUGCUGACCCCCAGUCAUGGCCUUUACAAGUACAGCCUUCAAAGAUUAAAGACUAUUUGGUACACAUCACACAGGAAGUGGUCAUUUUCGAGCCAGAAGAAAAGGAAAAUACGUUGAUGAGAAAGGGAGAGCUGCCUCUUAAGGGGACAGUUCGAGCGAGGAUUCAGCAGAUCACAGCAGUGUUGGAAGAGAGAAAUAAAAAGAUUUUCCGGAGAAUAAACCAAAAAGAUGUGCCCCCACCUUCAGACGUAAUCAGGAAGCCCAGAGAACAACCCAAAAUAUUCUCUAGACAAGGCAUUUCUGUAUCUUUAAGGCAUGUUGAGAGAGACGCCCCAGAUAAGAAGAACAAGAAGGAAAUGAUUUCUUAUAAUCUCAAACAUGUGGAGACCAAUAGUUCAAAGGCUGGUGUGUCUGUUCCGUAUAACAAAGAUGAAAAACCAGCACGGCGAUCUUUUAUGCCUGAAAAAGUAAAUAACGCUACCCAAAAGCUACCACCGAUUUCACGCCACUCAUCUAAACAAGCCAAAAAGCGGGAUACCAAAAUACAGUCACCUAUAAAGCAAACCUCAAUCCCAGAACAAGCAAGCUUUGCUUCAUCAGAUUGGCAGGACAAAACAGAGGAAAGAUCAAAGCCAGCUCUACCUCCUGGGACUCCAACAGUCACUACAGAGAAAUUAUCCAACCAUCUUGCUGAAACAGAGGAACAGAAAAUACAGGAUCAUUCACCAUUGACCACAAAGGUAUCUGAUACAGCAGAAGAAUCAAAGGCUUUGCUAGAGCAGGAAGCAUCUCAUCUCCAUCCCACUAUUUCUACUGAAUCCUUUUGUUAUCCUGAAAAUGGUGCAAAUAAUCAGUUGGAUUCCAUUGCAAUCAUAUCAUCUGAACCAGCAAUUAAGGUUACACCAUAUCCAAGUAGUAUUGGAGACAUACAGCCUAAGCAGGAACAACCAGUUUCAACUGAUGUUGGAAAGCAAGAUGUUGAACUCACCAUUCCUACACAAAUGGAGGUCAAAAAUGCAGCCUUAUUACAACCCACUGAAGAUGCAGGGAAGCAAGACAUUCGUCUUUACUCACCUGAAACUUCAGAGUCUGUGCCUGAGCUGGCAGAAUUACUACCUUCUAUUAACAGAGCCAAAAAUGAAGAGUUGGGGGUGGGUUAUUCAAAAACGGAAGAGGCACAGGAACAACAAGCAGAUUCAAAGCCCCUGCACUCACUGCAUUUGGCAAAAGAAUCUGAUGCUGGUGAAACUGAAACUGUACCUGAUUUAGCUCCUACAACAAGCGGAAGAGAAGUGCAGGAGGAUUCCAGGUAUAAAACUUCAGAAGAGCACUCUGGUUUUCUACAGCCCUUGUAUUUUUCAGGUGAAAAAACAGAGCAAAAAGAAGAAGAGCAUCUGGGAUCAGAUUUGACAAAUCAAGCUGCUCCAGCACAAAUAUCUGUGGCCAUAUCGCUCGAGCCAGAGCAUCCAGACUUACCACUGUCAAAAGACAAUGCAGAAAAGCAGCCUGCACUGCUGGAUGCUUCAGAGUUAUCACUCCCUACUCCUGAUGCACAGAGAGAAGAAACUCACCAGCUCUUUGCAACAGUAGUACGAUCAGAAAAUGAGCUUCCCACUAUCUCUGAACCUAUAAAGGCACCACAGGGAUCAGAACCCUUAGAGCUGUCACACAACAGAGGUAAGGAAGUACGUCCGGACUCCCUGGUGGAAGGAUUCAUCUCAUCUGAGCAACCUCCAUGUAUUUCAUCUCAUCUCACUGAGAAUGAAGAAAAACAGAAAUCUCUUCCAUCUCCACUAGUAAUCGCAAGACCACUGCCAGAACAGCUAGACUCUAUUUUACCAUGCCCACCUGAUCAAAGGGAGAAGCAAAGCAAUCUGCCCUCUGCCUCUGAGGUAGUUGCUGAGGGACCAGAAGCAUCACCACAACCAGUGCUGGCUGUCCAAAGUGCUGAAGCUGCAAAAGCAGAGAUUCAGCCUGUGUCUCCCACAGAAGAAAUGGCAUAUCUUUCAAGAGAGUCAGAUGUUGUCAUAGACAGGAAAGCAACUCAGCUCAUUUCACCUUUGUCUACAGAACCUUUGAGAGAAUCAUUUGUUCCAUCCCAAGAAGAAGAAAAGUUAAAAGACCAGUCCCAUCCAUGUAUAAAUGAAAAGCUGUCUUUGGUGGAGAAAUCUGAAUCCCAUCCCACCAUCAGUGAAGAUGAGCAAGAAGGACAGUUUCAUUUACCUGCACCAAUACCAUCUCAGUUGGAUCAUUUGGCCAAAUCUGAAUCAAGAAAUCUGAGCGUGGAACAGAACUCUUCUGAAUCACCCCAGUUGGUAGAAGAAACAUUUCCAUUGUCUCUUCCUUAUGAACGGGAUAAGAAAGACAUCCAUCCUGACAAAUCCAUUACUGAGCCAUUGCAUCCAGAUUCAGAACAGGUUGUUUCUGUAUUGGAAAAACAAGAAAAACAGCAGGAUGAAGGUGAGAAAACUAUUCAGCAGUUAUCACAUACAGUUUUGACAAAGGAAUUGGAUCUAUUGCAGUCAAUAGAGAAAACAGAAAUAAAUGAUACCCCAACUCAUUUGCCUGUAAUUGCACAAGAUUUAUCUCAGUCAGCUCAUUUAAUGGAAACACAAGAAGAUCAGCGUGUUACAACAGAUGCAGCAGCUCUGAGAAUACCAUACCAUAAAGCUGAAGCAGAGAAAUAUGACAUGGCAGAACCAGAAUCAAAAAAUACUGUAAAACAAACUUUUCAGGUUGCAGCAACAAAGGUAGAAGCAGAUUAUUCAGGAUCAGGGUCAGAAGGAGAAUUAGAAGCAGAGUUUCCUGAACCUGGAUCAGGAAAACAUUUAAAUGUAUCCCUUCCAUCUCCAAGCAUAGGGGAAGACCAUCAGUCACACAGAUCUGUGAUUCCAGGACUGGAAGAAGAAUGGCCUGUUUCAUUAGAGAAGGAGAGUGAAGACCCUGAGCUUAAUUCACUCAAAACUCCAGUGUCAAAAUUGGAACAGCCCAGUGCUGGUCCAGAAACUCUGGAAAGUCAAAACUACCCAGGUGAUGUUUUCAAUAAAGCACCUAAAAUAUCUCCAAUAAUUCCACAAUUGGUUUCUGAUAAAAGGAAGGAUCAAGAAAUUCCCACAAAGGCCAUUGGAAGUUUAGCUUCAUUCACAGAGCAGUCAUACUUUAUUUCGCAGGACCUUAAAGACAAGGAAGAAAAAAAUGAGUUCCAUCAGUUUCCUGAGGCUCGGCAAAUGGUGACAGAAGAAACAGAACCUAUAAGAACUGUCCCCCAUGGUGAAUCCAGAGAAGAGAUGCCCAAUUGCGUCACAACCCCAGAGACUGAGCUAGAGGUGCCAAGUUCCAUUUUAGGAGAUGUGGUUUCCAAAAAGGUAAAUGAAAUGCCUCCUCCUGAGUUAUCAUAUGCUGUUGCUGAAAGACAGAAAAAAGAUAAUCUGGCUUCAGUCCUGAAUAAGUCAAAGCAGAUGGCUGCUGGAAAACCAGAUGUACACGAUGCUCAACCUCAUUUGUUUCUUACUGGACAAUCAGAAAUGAGCAACCAAGAAAACGAGCCAUACCCUCCUGUGGCAUCAGAGCUAGAAGAUUUGCCCUUAAUUAAUUCCAUUGAAGAGGUUAAGAAACAAGAGUCUUCUCCAUCUUUACCUUCUGUGGAACCAUCAGCCCCCAUACACCAGGAAUUGUGGUAUCAUAAGGGAGAAAACCAGGAAAAGAUAACACUGGAGGCUGAACAGUCAAGAGAGCAUGAUGCUCCGUUACAGUUACCUGUUCUGCAACAAGAGAACUUAAAACAGCUAUCGCCAGUUCCACCUUCUCUCACCAAAAAAGUGGAGGAGCAGGAAAUCAGUUCACAAACAUUAACACCCUCAGUGUUACCUGCAUUGAGUCAGUCUGUUGCCCUUGAUCUAAAUGAAGAAAAUAAACAGAAAGAAAUAGAAACUUAUCCUACUGAGGAAGUAAAUGGGAUACUGGAAGAACCCUUGUCUCUUGCUGCAUUCCUCUUGUCUGAGGCAAAUGCAGUGCAUACCACUUUCUCUCAGACUUCAGAAAAAGAGAACCUAGACAUGAAACCUCCUUCUGAAGAAGCUGGUUCUUUAACUGAAAAAUCAGGAAAAGCGUUUGCUCUUCCUGAUACAAAUAUAACUGCUAAAAGAAAAUCUGAGUCUUCUACAAUACAUUUUGAAUCAGAGAUCCUUUCUGAAAAGCCUCAAGACGAUGUUACUAAUAGAAUCUGCUUUCAAGAAAAAUUGGAAGACUAUUCUGAUAUUCAGACAUAUCCUGGUUUCAUUCCAAAUGAGCUUUCCAGUGUUGCUAUAUCAGAAGCUAUGGAUGACACUAAUCUACACAAGCCACACCCAACAGUAGGCUCAGAACUGCUGGACUCAGCCGUCAGCAAAGGUAUAGGAAUUAGUGCAGAAGAUAUUUCAAAAGCAGCAGAAGAAAAGUGUUUGUUCAAUUCAGAAGGAAUGUUGAAAGAACCUAAAAAUGUUUCAGAGGUUACCAUGAAGGAGCCUGAAAAUUACUUAGAAAAAACAAAGGAAUCAAAAGAUCACGAGAAAGUGAGAGAAGAAUCUAUUCUUGCUCCUGAACUUGAUCAAGGAAAAGACACGUUAGAUAUUUUUGAAAGUGAUGAGGUAGUGAAUAUUCAUGCUUUGACUGACAAAGAAGAACCCCAUGUAUUAAAGAGUUUACAGCACUCUGAAAAAGUUUAUUCACUGAAAACAAAACAAUUGAAUAAUUCUGAAGAUACAGCAGUUGACCAUGAACCUUCAAUAAGUGGAAAAGCCUUAAAAGCAGGCAAGCAUGAAAAUAGGGAAAAUGGAUCAAAAGAACAUGUUGAACAAAAACAUGUCAAGGAAAGUACCGAAGCCGAAGGAGACAUUUCCGUUCUUCCAGAAAGCAGGGGAGAUAUUUUAAAAAAUAUUGACAUGGAAUAUGUUGAUAACUUGAUUGAUGAUACAUCCUUCAGCCAGACUGGAAAAGAGAAGUCUAUUCAGGAAGCUCAGAGGCCAUCUGAUGUUACAAAGAAAACAUUGGAGGAAGCUAGAUCUCUAGUUGAAAGCUCAGAAAAGACUUUAAAUCUUUCUUUAUUAGAAAGGAAUUUGGAUGAAGUAUCUUGUGGAAUAGACAAGAAAGGAAACAUAAUGGCCACUCAUGAAAGCACCUUAAAAUUAUUAGAUGAAAAUAAAGAAAUUGAUGUUGUUACGGAAACUGAUAAGAACAUAGAGGGUGGACUGGACUUAGCUGAAUCUGGUGUCCCCUUAUUCAAUUCAGAAAAAGACAUAUCAUCUCAGUCCCCAUUGACUUCCUUGCCUGUCUCUGCAGGCAGCCCUGAGCCACCUGCUCUGGCAUUUUUAUAUAGAGACCUCCAUGAAGAAGUAAUGGGGGCAUCUGAAGAAGACAGUGAAUGCUCAGCCAGUGAAGAAAUUAUGAGCACUGCUGUGCCUAUUCCAGCCACAACUCAUGCUCCAUAUGAUGGGACUGAAAUAUUUCUGAAAAAGGACAUUCCAGAAGACUAUAUUCCAAAUAAUUUGGAAGAAUCCCAGAAGGAAGAAGUUCUGAAAGAUCAGCCUAUUAAUGAACCAGCUGUUAAUCAAUCAAGCAUCUUAGAGAAUGCACAUGAAAUAAACAAAGAACAAAAUGAGUUUGUUCACAUUCUAACUGAACCAUAUGACCAAACAGCGGUUGUAGCACCAAGAGAAAUGGUGGAGAAUAUGGUUGACAAAUUGACAAAGGGGCCAGCUGAGAUCGUGAGCAACAUAAACGUUGGCAUUUGCCACCCAACACAUGCAAUCCCUUUUGGAAGUAGACUGUAUGGGGCAGGUGCAAGCAAUGAUGAUGAGGACAGUCAAAAAGAAGAAUCCAUACCUGAAGAAAGAGGCGAGAUGCUACCAGAGGAAACAAGUGAUGAGGAGUCGAGUCCAAUACUAGAUUAUGCAGCAACUGUCUAUCAAAAUGAAGCAACUGUACAACAUGAACCAAAGGACACUUGUUUUGCAGUUGGCCAAAAUCAACAACCAAUUGAAAGGCCAAUUCAAUGGACAGACAAUGGUAACCUCAAAGAACCUGUUGAAAUAAGUCAACAGUCCCUUGAAGCAUUCUGCAAUAUUAACACUCAAUCUGAGGGAGAACAACGAGAAGACAACUUAAUAUCAACCCUUGAGCCUGUGUCACAAGACACAAUUACUUUAGAUCAUGAACAUCUUUCAGACUGGGAUACUGAGAGACAAGCAUUUGGGGAAAGUAUCAACGAUGAUCUAUAUGAGGAUGCCACAGAAAUAGCAGACCUACUAGCAACGGAAGCAAAAGCUGAGAAAUCAUUCAGUGAAAUGGAUUAUUCUCUUUUGUCACAUGAUUUCGACACCUACCCAUUGUACUCAAUAAAAGAGGAAGAGUAUAGUGACAUUGAAGAAGAUUUAGCUGAGCUCAUGGAUUAUGAAAUGGUUACCCAAGAUGAUGUUUUUCAGGAGGAAACAUCCUCAGAAGUGGCUUGUGAGGAGCUGCUGUUUGAUGAUAAGAAAACAUUAGACCACAUUAGUAACACAUAUGAAUUUGUGAAUGAAGGAGAGAUAAGCACAUAUGCUGAAGAAGAUGAGUUUGAGUUGAUGGAUCCUGAGAGACUACCAAGAAAUGUUCCUGAGAUUGAGGUCCUACAGAAAGAAAUAGAUGAAGCACAGUUUGAUACCUAUUGCUACCAGUGUAAAUGUCCCAUCUCAGCUGAUGACAAGCUUUCUGGGGAGCAUAAGGAGCAUGACAUGACCAACUUGGAUACAGCUAUGACUGUAUUAAAGGGUCAACUGGACAGAUACCUAGAUGUUUUACAAGAGAGAUCUUUGAAGAUUGAAGGGUUUGUCAGUGAGAUAGAAGCUCUGUUCAAUUCCCUUGAGGAAAACUGUAAAGAAAAGGAGCAACAUUUGGAAGAGCAAAAUGAAAACAUUAUAAAGACAGUGGUAGGGCACCAUGACAGAACGGCACAGAACUUUGAAGGUGUCAAGAAGACAAAAAUGGAAUAUCUCUAUGAAAAGAUGGUUAAUUUUCAAGAAUAUAUUGAUACAGCAAAAGAGACCCUGGAGGCAAUUAUCAAGGAAGCAGAAGAAAUGGAUGAUUUUACUUUCCUAACGUCAUCAGAAGAAAUAAACAAAAGGCUGCUUUCUGCUGUGGAAGAUAUUCUGACUUUGGAAAAGAUGCCUAGUGAAUUUUCACAGUUCAAAAACUAUGCUUGUGGUACAGCAAAUGGUGACCAGACCUUAAAGCACAUCCCUGUCCCACAGACACCAAAAUUACAGCCUCAAGAUCCGAACUCGGCCACAAGCACAUCGAUCACAGUGUACUGGACUGUGAAUGAGGAGGAUGUCAUUGAUUUCUUUCAGGUUUAUUGUAUGGAGGAAUACCCAGGAAGCAAAGAACAAAGCGGUUUGGUUGAAGAAUAUCGUGUCAUUGUGAAGGAGAGCAACUGCAUUUUGGAAGACUUGGAGCCUGGUCACAGUUACAGUGUGUGGGUUAUGGCUGUGAACUACACAGGAUGUAGCUUUCCUAGUGACAAAUCUACAUUUAGAACUGCUCCCCGAAUACCAGUUAUAAAGGCAGAGGAAUGCACUGUCUGUUGGAAUACAGCUACCAUUAGAUGGAGCAGCAGCAAUCCAGAAACGACAGAUUCUUUCACGCUGGAGUACUGCAGACAGUAUUCUCCCGAAGGAGAAGGUCUCAGAUCUCUAGCGGGCAUUAAGCGACCUGAAGUGAAAGUUCACCUAGAAUCCAAUGUAAAUUAUUUUUUCUACGUGAGAGCAGUGAAUGUCUUUGGAACGAGUGACCAGAGUGAAGCUGCUCUCAUCUCAACAAAAGGAACUAGAUUUCACAUAAUGAAAGAAACAGCUCAUCCUGCCUUGCAAGUGUCUCCAAAUGGAACCAUGAUAUGCUUUCCUGAGGAUACAGAACUCCCCAACUGCUCACCUGUAUUAGGAGAGCUCUUGCCUGCUCAAGGAUGGCAUUACUGGGAAACCACUGUGAAUGGCUGUGCAGCUUUCAAGGUUGGGAUCUGUUACUCCUCUCCUUCACAUGACAGUAUCAUGGGACAGAACAAUGUUUCCUGGUGCUUGCAUCAUUCUAGUAAAGAAAGUUUUGUGUAUAAAGUGCUACACAACGGUGAGAUGAGCAACGUCAUUGUGACAGAGCAGCCAGACCGAAUUGGCAUUCUGCUGGACUAUAAUGCUGGACGACUUUUAUUUUUCAAUGCCGAAAGAGGGCAAGUCCUAUCCGCCAUCAGGCACAAAUUCAACCAUCCUGCUCACCCGGCCUUUGUGUUGGAGCAGCCAGGAGUGCUUAACUUGCACACAGGCAUGGAAUUACCCGAGUUUGUGAAGCAAAGCUAAAUUAAGCCUUUGCUUUGGCCAUCAUCUUCCCCUUCCACCAUACACCUAAAAUACCAGAAUUUGAUACCAUGUGUUUGGAUUGUCUUUUUUUGCCUUCCUCAUCUUCUUAUAUUGGCCAUAAUUCACAUCAGUGCUCAGAGAUUCAAAGGCCAAAGCCAAGAACUCUAGUAUCGUUUCCUUCCCCAAACAGAUACUGUACCUACGUGCCAAUUUUCCUGCACCGUUGUGCAGGUUAGUUUUCAUUCUUGGGGGAAGAUGUUUGAAAAGCCAAUCAAGGAAGCUCUCUUUAGGAGUACACAUCCUUGCUAUUGCUGUCCACUGGAGUGAUGUGCCUCAAACAUUCACAGAACUGUAAACAAGUUAAGAACAUAAGAACAGUAUUUGGAUCAAAGCAAAAGAUUACCUGUCUCAGCAACCAGGUGUCCAUGGGAGGUUCCCAAAGCAGGAGAUGAAUUCAAUAAGACCUCUUCCCUGUCCAUCCCAGUAAUGGGCCACUGAAUUUUAUACAUAUUUAUACAAAAUUUAUACAGAUUGAGUAUCCUUUAAUCAGGAAUUCAAAGUGCUCCAAAAUCCAGAUUUGUCCAUACAGAUGGCUGCAAUAGUGACACUUUUGCUUUCUGAAGGUUCCGUGUACACAAAAUUUAUUUCAUGCACAAAUUAGUAAAAAUGUUAUGUAUAAAAUUA